CAUACCCUUCUUCUUACAAUCCCUUGACGCAACAUCAUCAUGGCAUCCAAGAAAGACCUGAGACGGCCGGAUCUGGUGAUCCCCUACCAGGAGCCAAUGGCCAAAAAUGACGGCGCCGACGUGAGCUCGACCAUGUCCCAGACCCUGCCGAUGGCCGCGAUCUUUAUGCGAAAUCGCUACAUAGGAUGGGCUGCCGUGGUUUUCAGCAUACAGAACUGGCUGGGCGAGAGCGAGUACAGCAAGACGAGCUCAAGCACACCUGGCUAUUUCUCUGUCGGGAUGGCGCUCAUGUCUCUGGUUGUGACAUACCUGCCGAUGUUUCUCCCGCCUCCACCGGGUAGCCAGAAGAUGCCGACGGGAACGGAGGCUGCACCACCGGUGCCCCUCUCAUAGAAGACGGAAUGGGUUCGGAAAAGCUUUAGAUAUGCCACUGAUGUGGAGUGCAGGGGUGGUAUUGGUUGUGAGGGAGGCUUCUAUAUCGGCCUCUUGUUGUAAGAUAAGGCAGACAAUAAUGAUCAAAUUUCUGUUUGCAG